GAACUAAGGGUGAACCUGGUCAGACAAUGACAGAGAAAGGGGCCAAAGGAGAAAGAGGUCGGGAUGGCGAGCCUGGGCAGCCUGGUUCACCAGGUAUACCAGGUCAGCCUGGACAGCCUGGUUUUCCCGGUUUAUCGGGAGCGAAGGGUGAACCCAGAAUCCCAGGCAUUGGACUGCCAGGACCUCCAGGACCAAAAGGAUUCCCGGGCGUUGGUGGGCAGCCAGGUGCCCCUGGAGGACCAGGAAGACCAGGGAUAGAUGGACGUCCCGGUGAGCUGGGAUUUACUGGACAAAAGGGUGAACCUGGUCUUGGACUUCCUGGUCCUCCUGGUUUAACGGGUGCACCGGGCCCUAAAGAAUCCAUUGGGCCUAAGGGAGAUCCUGGUUUCCCUGGUAACCCCGGUUUGCCGGGUUGGCUUGGAGCUGAUGGAGCUCCAGGAUUCAAAGGCGAGCCUGGUACACCUGGUACACCUGGAUCUCGUGGCCCCCCUGGACCCCCCUCUUUUGGUGGAACGGGCCCACCAGGUCUCCCAGGACCUCCGGGCCCAAUGGGACCACCAGGGCUGCCAGGAUCAGAUGGUCCAAAAGGAGACCCUGGCCCUCCAGGUCUAGACAUCCCAGGCCCACCAGGAGACCCAGGAGCUCCAGGUUAUCAAGGUCUUCCAGGUACUAUUGGAACCCCAGGACCACCUGGAGGACCUGGUCGCGAUGGUUUGCCUGGCUUGCCAGGUCAGAAAGGAGACAUGGGUCCCAAUGGACCUCCAGGACCUUCUGGAGGACCGGGAGCCCGAGGAGGACCUGGUGCUCCUGGAUUUAAAGGUGAACCAGGAUUUCCAGGUAGAGACGGUGCACCAGGUGGUCCUGGUGCUAAAGGAGAGAGGGGAGACAUGGGCCUCCAGGGACCGCCAGGACCCAGUGUUCCAUCGCAGCUCUUAAAGGGACAAAAAGGAGAUCCUGGACCUUCAGGUGGAACAGGUUUUCCGGGUCCAAAAGGUGCUACUGGUCUCCCUGGUGACCCUGGGUUUCCAGGAACAGAUGGCAGUCCUGGCCGCCCUGGACCUCCAGGUUCUAAAGGAGAUUCUGGUCGCCCAGGAGGUCCAGGUAUUCCUGGGUCUCCAGGACCUAAAGGCCAAAUGGGAGACAUGGGAAUCCCAGGACCACCAGGGCUGAAAGGUGUAUCAGGAGAGUCGGGUAUACCAGGAUCCCCAGGACAGCCAGGACCACCUGGUAACCAAGGACCCAAAGGUGAGCCAGGUUCUGCUGGCGUCGGACCACCUGGACUAACCGGACAAAAGGGUGAUCCAGGCCUGCCAGGGUACCCAGGAAAUCCAGGCCUAAAAGGAAACCCAGGAUUACCAGGUCCCACAGGUGUGACGGGAAGACCAGGCGAUAAAGGUGACCCCGGACUCCCAGGAUUCCAAGGUCCUCCUGGUAUCCCCGGUCCUAAGGGUCUUGACGGUGUGCCGGGUACCCCAGGUAGCUCAGGAGCUCCAGGUAGACCAGGAGAACCUGGUCCACAAGGACCGUCUGGUCCACCAGGAGAGAAAGGUCAGGCAGGUCGCGAUGGGAUUCCAGGACCAGCUGGAGUCAAAGGAGAAGCAGGAAUUCCAGGUUACGGUGGUCCAGGUCCUGCUGGAAGUCCAGGACUGCCAGGUAUCAAGGGAGACACAGGUCCUCCUGGUGUACCCGGCAACCCUGGUUUUCCCGGCCCUAAAGGAGACCCAGGCUCACCUGGUGGCCCUGGUGAACAAGGUGCCCCUGGCUUUCCUGGGCCUGCUGGGCUGUCUCUGCCAGGCCCUAAAGGUGCCACAGGACCCCCUGGAUUACCUGGAAGAGCAGGCCCUGCAGGUCCUCCAGGUUCACCCGGCCUACAAGGUCCUCGUGGACUCCCAGGAACUGGUGGCGUUAAGGGAGAAAAGGGUACUCUUGGCAUGCCUGGAAUUCCUGGCAUCCCCGGACAGAAGGGAGAUCCUGGUUUUCCAGGAAAUCCGGGCAUACCUGGUCCUACUGGCCCCGCUGGAAUAAAGGGAGAUUCAGGACAGCCUGGUGUUCCUGGAUUCCCUGGAUUGAAGGGUGAUCUUGGAUAUCCUGGCCCCAGUGGCCCUCCUGGAGAUCGUGGAUUACCUGGAGAACGGGGCACUCCGGGUGAUCCCGGUGAAGGUUCGCCUCCCAUUGUGCUAAAGGGAGAACGGGGACCCCCAGGUCAGCCUGGCAACCCUGGUCCCCGUGGUUCAGAUGGCCCACAAGGUCUUCAGGGCCUACCUGGUUCUCCAGGACCACCUGGUGACCCUGGUGGACCUGGGAGCGAUGGUCCUCCUGGCUUCAACGGACCUGCCGGCAGGAAGGGAGACGUUGGUCCGGCAGGUCAGCCUGGUCAGCCUGGCAACCCUGGUCCCCGUGGUUCAGAUGGCCCACAAGGUCCUCCCGGUGUCCCAGGAUCAGUUUCUGCUGCUCACGGUUUCCUCAUCACCCGGCACAGCCAGACCACCGAUGACCCAGAGUGCCCCACUGGAACUAAGUUUAUCUAUAACGGAUACUCUCUGUUGUACGUUCAGGGCAACGAGCGGGCACACGGACAGGACCUUGGCACAGCCGGUAGCUGCCUGCGCAGAUUUAGCACCAUGCCCUUCAUGUUCUGCAAUAUCAACAACGUCUGCAACUUCGCAUCCCGUAACGACUACUCCUACUGGCUGUCAACGGACAGACCCAUGCCCGAAAACAUGGCCCCCUUCGUGGGAGAGAAUAUCAGGCCUCAUGUCAGCAGAUGUAGAGUCUGUGAAGCUCCCGCCAUGGUGAUUGCAAUUCACAGUCAGACUAUCCAGAUUCCUUCUUGCCCUGAAAACUGGGAAGUACUGUGGAUUGGAUACUCCUUUAUGAUGCACACCAGUGCGGGUGCAGAGGGCUCCGGUCAGGCGCUCGCCUCCCCCGGCUCCUGCCUGGAGGAGUUCCGCAGCUCCCCUUUCAUCGAGUGCCACGGCAGAGGGACAUGUAACUUCUAUGCCAACUCCUACAGCUUCUGGCUGGCCACCGUGGAAACUUCUGAGAUGUUCAGAAAGCCCCAGUCUGAGACCUACAAGGCAGGUAGCCUACGGACACGUGUGAGCCGCUGUGCAGUCUGCAUGAAGCGCACGUAACGGCAUGCAUGCCACCAAGCAAACACACCACUGCCAGGAGGUGGAGAGACGCCCAUCGAUGACGAGAGACGAUUGGACGUACAGUAGACAAGUGUGGCAGCGGGUGGGGGCAGUCACGAUGAGUUGGAAUUCCAAUGGUGCAUUGUCUUCCGGAAAAACAAACUACAACUAAAACAACGGUGCUACUGUGCAACACAGCUUAAAAAAAAAAGAAAAAGACAAAAAAAAGAAAAAAACUGACGUAAACAAAUCUUACAUUUAGUCUUUGUUUGUCUUAAGAAGUACCUCAAAAUGAAAGCAGAAUAUAUUCAAUUCAUGGUGCCACGAUGGAUGUGUGACAACAAAACUGCAUUUUUCUUUCUUUUCCCUUCUUUCCCAGAAGGAUCUUUGUUCCCUUUCCCCCUUUUUCCCCCCAAAAAUUACGUUUGACACGUUGGUGCAGCAAAAAUGUGACAGAGUAACUUUUUAUUUUAUUUUAUUUUUGAUAAGGAGUUGAUGGUUUUCACAGUUACCAAAUCGGCACUUUGACUUCGGAACAUCCAUGAUGACAGAUGCACUGACGAUGAGCUUUCUGUAGUGAGAAUGACUGCUUUUUUAAAAAAAAUUACCAAUCACCCUUUCUUUCUCGCUCUUAUUUUUUCUGUUUUACGUUACAUUUCGUAGUGAUAACCCUGCUGUCCCCCACUCUUUGCUAACCAUAUCGCCUUCUUUUGCUUAUUUUUUUGUUUUUGUAAGUAAUACAAUGUGUAUAUUGUGUAAAACACUUUUGUUUUUAGUGUAUUAGCUCGAAUCACUACCAGCUGUUUGUUAUGCACGGCGAUUUUCCAGGUUCUUCUUAGCUCACACAUUCACUUAACGCACGUUGACUCAGAUAUUGUACAAAGUAAGGCUUUUAUGAAUGAAACAGUAUUUUAUAUAUAAUAAAUAUAUAUUUGAAAAAAGAGGAUUAAAAAGUAUAUAAACUUUAUUCGGCUGUGGAGAGCUUGUUUGUUGUUUUUAACCACGAAACGGUCAUACAUUACAUUUCAUGAAAAAAUAAAGCUUACUACUGAACGCAAACAGCCAUUUUCAUGAAACUAUAACAGUCUUAUGUGAUAUUAACAAUGCCAAUGCUUCAACCUUUUGUAUUGUUCCAUUGAAAUAAAGGGGAUUUGCUUUUAGCUAGUUGAAUGAUUGGAAAUUGUUACGAAUAUCAACACGGGAAACGGAGAAAAUAAAAUUCAGAUAAAUUCUUCAUUAUUUGAUUAGAAAACAGGGACAUUUUUUGUGUUUCUUACAUUUCCAGGUGCUGGGAAUUUUCUAUAAAAAGAUCCUGAUGUAGUUUGAAGGGGCUGCCUUUGUUCCCAACACUUUCAAAUCCACUUUUACUGGCUUGAAUUUCUAUCCCAAAUUGGAUAAAGUGUUCAGGCUUCAUGGUGUGGUAACACAGGUCUGAGCGUACAGAUUCCUGAUGUACUGUAAAGCUAUGCGAGCUGUUUGGGGGAGGGUGAAAUAUUUCCCUGUGAUCUUUAUUGUUUGUUUGUUUUGUGUGUUUGUUUUUUUUUCAAAUCUGCUUUUAUGAAUUCUAAUUGUGUCAGCCUGGGGUGCGAUGAAAAAAAAAAGUGCAUUUUUUUUUCUUUUUGUUGUUUUGUUUCCAUUUUAUGUUAUCCGGAAGUUGUUAUAAACUUUUAAGACUGAAAUAAAUACUAUGUCCAAA